AGUGAACUUUACUGAUAUCACCACCAGCAUAAGCAGAAGCAGAAAACCAUGGCUUCUUCUUCUUCUUCUUCCAGAACUCUCUUGUUCUUCUUUGCUUUGCUUUCUCUCUCAGCAGUUUCUUGCUUUGCUGAGAGCAAUGAGCAGGAUCCAGGUCUUGUCAUGGACUUCUACAGGGACACGUGUCCUCAGGCUGAAGAGGUCAUCAGAGAACAAGUGAAGCUUCUCUACAAGCGCCACAAGAACACCGCCUUCUCUUGGCUCAGAAACAUCUUUCAUGACUGUGCUGUCCAGUCAUGUGAUGCAUCUCUGCUGCUGGACUCAACAAGGAGAUCGUUGUCUGAGAAGGAGAUGGACAGGAGCUUCGGGAUGAGAAACUUUAGGUACAUUGAAGAGAUUAAAGAAGCUUUGGAGAGGGAGUGCCCUGGUGUUGUUUCCUGCUCAGAUAUUCUUGUAUUGUCUGCCAGAGAGGGUGUUGUUAGGCUAGGAGGCCCAUUCAUUCCUCUUAAAACUGGAAGAAGAGAUGGAAGGAGAAGCAGAGCUGAGAUCCUUGAGCAAUACCUUCCUGACCACAAUGAGAGCAUGUCCGUUGUCCUUGAGAAGUUUGCUGACAUGGGCAUUGACACCCCCGGUGUGGUCGCCCUUCUAGGAGCUCACAGCGUUGGAAGAACACACUGUGUGAAGCUGGUGCACCGGUUGUACCCAGAGGUUGACCCUCAGCUCAACCCUGAUCAUGUCCCUCACAUGCUCAAGAAGUGCCCUGAUGCUAUCCCCGACCCCAAAGCCGUUCAGUACGUGAGAAAUGACCGUGGUACCCCCAUGAUCUUCGAUAAUAACUACUACAGAAACAUCUUGGACAACAAGGGUUUGAUGAUGGUGGACCACCAGCUAGCCACGGACAAGAGGACAAAACCCUACGUCAAGAAAAUGGCCAAGAGCCAAGACUACUUCUUCAAGGAGUUUUCGAGAGCCUUCACCAUUCUCUCCGAGAAUAACCCUCUCACUGGUAACAAGGGCGAGAUCCGACAGCAGUGCAAUGUUGCCAACAAGAUCCGCGACUAGAAAAAAGCAACUCUUCCAAGAAGCACUUAUCUUCUUAAGUUAUGCAACUAAUGGAGAAAAUGUGUGCGACAAGUUGCUGGAUAAUAAGAUGGGUUUUUUUACCCAGAUGUAUGUUUUGUUUUUAUGGAAGUUGGUCAGUGCUAGGGUUAAAGGGCAUGUGGUUUGUUGUUCAUGUUUGCCCUUGUUCGUGAUGCACUGCUUCUGAUGUAGGGUUUCGUUGUAUCUGUUGGCUUCUUCUCUUGGGGUCAGAUGGACAUGGUGGAUGGAUGUCGGGAUGUGUGUAUGUAUUUAUGGAUGGUUUGAACUUUGAACAUGUAUUAUGAUGCAUGAAUUUCAAUGAUUAUUGAUGAUUCAUGCUUGCAAAUUAAGCACCGUUUGCACAUCA